GAUGUGAACCAUUGUUAUCACAACAAAGUAAAAUGAACGAAUUCAAAAUGUUUGAAAUCGACCCUAAACUGUUUGUAACUUGUAGACUUUGUUUGGAAAAUAUGGGAGCUUACCAAAUAGUGCCUACUGUGCAAAAACAGAUCAGAUUCUGUUAUGAUAUUGAGGUUGAUCCUUUUGAUGCACUGCCACAGUUAAUAUGUAAAGAUUGUGAGUCAACAUUAAGAACAUAUUUUGAAGUGAAAACUAAUUAUAUAGAAAAGCAAAAAAAAUUAAAAGAACAAUUAAAACUUAAAAAUGCAAUACCACAUGGUCCAGCAAUACAGCAGGAAGAUGAUGUUGUAACUUCAUCUCAAGAAAUUUGCAACGAAGGGAAUAAUGUAAAUAGAAAGAGAAUUAUUAGCUUUCGUAGUUCUUUGUCGGAAGCAUCAAAUGAAAACUGUUCUGUAAAAUCAAAAGACAAAAGAAAAAGUACUUGUGAAUUCACGAAAGAGCCAGAUGUUUUUGAACUGGGUUAUAAGAAAUGGUUCGUAUGUAGAUUUUGUAACCAUCAGUUUAGCAGUAAAUCUAAAAUUGAACGACAUAUAAAUACGCAUACGACUAUUAAGCAAAAGUACAUAAAUUUGAUAAAACGUGACUGUUACGUGAAAUUGGAAAAAUUUGAUAAUAAACCAAAUAUAUGUAAAUCAAAAAAGUAUGUUGUGCAUAGUUCUGAUAAAAUAACUCAUUCAGCACAUAACUUUUACCACGUUAUUAUUAAGCCAAAAGAGAACUCCAACAAUAGACUUGAUGGAGAUUCAUCGCCGGAUCUAAAACAUAUUUCUGGAUCAGACGAUAGCGAUGACGAUAUAAUUCCAAUAAGAUGCAAAAAUAGACGUCGUAAAAAUAGAAUACUUUCUAAUGACACUGUUGUUAUUGAAAAAGACGAUUUAGAUUCGUGUAUGUUAGACGAUGUAUUACAGCACGAAGCAUCAACAAAACCUAAUGUUACUGAGAUAAACGAGAACGAAUGCAUUAGAAUAGAUGACUCUGAUACUGAGUCAUUCAAAAGCGGCGAUGUUUUAACAAACGAUAGUACAAAUUUAUUCCCAUCAGUAAAUAGUGAGUGUAAAACCAUAAAUAACAUAAUAUCCCUGUGUUUUAAGAGACAUUUAAAAAGAUUAGAAUCUAACGAUACCAUAGAAGCAAACACUCACACUAUAGAAACAAAUGCAGCUAAAUUAGAUUCUCACCUUAAACACAAAGUUCUAAGUAUUGGCAAAAAGAUGAUAACUAAUUCGGCAUUUAGUUGUACUGGUAUAUUGAGAUAUUUGGAGCAUCAAAAUCUUGAAAUUGUGUGGACUCCGAAAAUGCCGAAAACAUCGAAUAAGAAGUCCGAUUGCGUUAGAAUAAUGUUGAAAUUAAAGAAUCAUGAUGAGAAUGAUGGCGAGUCUGGGUGGAAAGUCUUAGAGGAUCCAAAUAAAGUAGAUAGACAACCUAAUCAUAUCAGUGAAAAUCCUGUUGAAAGCGACCUGUUUCCAAAAACCGUUGAUACAUGUGUCGAACAAAAUAAUAUUAGAGGUAAUCACGCUGAUAGCUCAGAGAGUGGAGCCGUAUUAAAUGCGGUUAAUGUGGGUCAGGAGAAGGAUAAAAUGUUAAAAAAACUUCUAAACGAGAAUCCUGUAGCAAACCCCAAAACCCUAACAAAAAAACCACAGUUUCCUACUUUUUCUAUCAAUAAGAAGAAGAGGACAAAAACCAAAGAAAAAUCGGUUCCAGUUGAUAUGCCAAUACUUGAAACGGCUGUACACACAUUGAUGCCAGUAAUAACAUCGACUGUAUCUUUAGCAACGCCAGAAGACGUAGAAAAAAAACAACGUGCGCAUAGUGUGACACCAAGCGUGCCAAUUACACUAAUUUCGGGACCGAGUAGCAGUUCGAGUACAAUACUAUCAACCGACAGAACAAUUCCAGAACAGGAACCAGUUGUUGCAAACUAUCCGAGAAUAAAAGUUAAACCUGCAUCCCAGUUGAUGUCGAACCCCGCUUUAAAUAUCACGGCAAAACAAUUUAUUCCGCAAGCUAACAGUCAAAAUGUAAACAUGGCAUACCAAAAUAAUACCAACGGCGUUAAUAUGAACGUGGCACCGAUACCCAGAUUUGACAAUGCGACAGGCCUUCAAAUCAAUCCUUUUACUCAAGCAUUAUUUGAACCAAGUUCUGUAACUGGUAUGCAGAUGUCUUACGGAAAUGAUGCUAGAGAAAAUGUUAUAAUGCAUUCAGUUGACCUGCCGAAUACGAAAACGACUAGCCCCUUUGAGUAUUUAAAAAGGUUGUUGCAAAUUCAUAACAUUUACUUAUUAAGCCCGGAUGAAGUAACACAAGAUAUCUUCAGAGAAUUCAUUUGUUUAUUAAAAUUUAAGUUAGUUUUUCAACAAGAGAGUGCAACGCCUGUAGCGCUUUGUUUAGCUCUGUUCAACUUGAAAGACAAAUUUUUCGUGAAAGUGACCGGUGUUAACGAUGGAGAUAUUGAUAUAUGUCGAUUGUCUCCCAACUGGCAAUGGGAGAUUCUCAAAAUUUAUUGCGGCGAAGUAGUCCCCAAAAUGCUGCAAAAUGCGGAAAAAAUCAGUGCUGAAGUUCUCAUGAACACGCGCAAUUUUAUUUAUUACUUAAAGUCUAUUGAAUUUCGGAAAAAUGCUUAA